CAUUAAAGGCCCAAAACAAAGCAUAUAAAGUCAUCGUCUUCUCAGUUGCUGAAAACCCUAGCUUAUUCACACACCCUCGAGUUUCCUCCCUCUGCGUCUCUCUCUACUCGAAGAAAGCUCGCCCCCUCAGCUCCACAAUGAUUAUGUCAGAGGAGAACCGCAGAGAAAUCUGCAAGUACCUUUUCAAAGAAGGAGUUUUGUUUGCGAAGAAAGACUUCAACCUCGCGAAGCACCCUUUGAUUGAGUCAGUACCGAACCUGCAAGUCAUCAAGCUGAUGCAAUCCUUCAAGUCCAAGGAGUAUGUUAGGGAGACGUUCGCCUGGAUGCAUUACUAUUGGUUUCUCACAAACGAAGGGAUUGAGUUCUUGAGGACUUACCUUAACCUUCCUUCUGAUGUUGUUCCCGCUACUUUGAAGAAGUCUGCGAAGCCCAUUGGUCGCCCCUUUGGUGGUGGCCCACCUGGCGAUCGCCCAAGAGGACCUAGGUUUGAAGGUGGAGACCGUCCUAGGUACGGUGACCGUGAUGGGUACCGCCGUGGUGGUGAAGGUGAAAAGGGUGGAGCUCCAGCUGAUUACCAGCCUUCUUUCCAGGGAAGUGGUGGUAGGCCUGGUUUUGGCCGUGGUGCUGGAGGUUUUAGCGCGGCUGCACCAUCUGGUUCAGGCUUGCCUUGAAAGAGAAAUGGUUUUUAGUCGACAGUAAGAGAGUAUGGAGGACUUGUUUCAGCUUUUAAUUUUGCUUUUAUAAUUCGAAUUCUGGAGUAUCUUCAUGUUUUUUUUAUCUGAGUUGUUGAAGCAAACAUCUGUUCUUAAAUUUACGUUGAGCGAAUUGAAUUUUUCUCUCGUCUUUCCGUAUGAGAAUUGUUUCUCCUUA